AUGGCUUCCGUCAAGUUCGAGAAAGAGACUGUGAGGGAUGGUCCCAUGCCCGGCGGGUCUUCCGUCAAGUUUGAGAAGGAGACUGUGAAGGGUGCUCCCAUCCCGGGUGGUCACAAACAUGAGGUCGCGCACGAGAUUGGCGAAAGAUUGACAGGCGGAGAGAGUACUCAAGGCUAUCUAGCCACAUAUCUAGACCAGCUCCAGAAGAACCCUCUCCGCACAAAGAUGCUCACAUCUGGCUCUCUGGCUGCUUUACAGGAGGCUCUUGCCUCAUACAUCGCCAGAGACCGAAGCAAGCAUGGCCAUUAUCGCGCCAUUGGGACAUUUCCUGAUCAAGAUACUGCAAAAGAUGUUCUCAGGCCGGACGAGCCUGAAGGCGAAGAUUAUGCAAAUCGUCGUCAGCAAUCUGAUUGUAGGCUCUUAUCCCCAUCCACAUUACGCUUGGUUAUGCUAACCAAACCACAGAUCGCACCUAUCCAGAAUUCUGUCUACCUCAUAUGCAUGGCCUUGAUCGCAGGGGCGCGCACAUUCCAUCAAAUUCGAGCGACCCUGAGAGCUGGCUUCAUGCCCGUGAUGAAGGUCACAUGGAUCACAUCACCCAUUGCUCUGGCCUUCGCGCAGAAGUUCCUUCCCGAGCACACCUGGGUGCCUUUCUUCAACUUCAUUGCUUUCAUUAUUGGUACAUGGAUCAACAGUCAGACAAAGAAGAAGCGCUUGCAAGCUUUGAGGGAAAAGGUGAAAAACCCUACUCACAACCAGUGGGGGUUCUAG